AUGGCAGCAUACAAAAAGCUUGUGGUUAUUGUGGCGUUGUUUUUGGCACUGGCCAUUGGGUCUGAGGCCAAUGAGCAGGUCCAGGUAACUUUUUGCCGUCUGACAAAAGAGGGUUUGAAUGCAUGUGCUCCAUCAGUGAGCGGCCUAAAUCCUCUGCCUCCCUCAGCUUUGUGUUGCUCAGCUCUUUCCAUCGCUGACUUCCAGUGCCUUUGCUUCUUCAAGAACUACUCCAACCUUUUGACUUCCUAUGGCAUCGACCCCAACCUUGCCAUGCAGCUUCCUGCCAAAUGCAAUCUUCGCCAGACAGUACAUUGUUAA